AUGCUACUGCACUUUGAGAAGCUAGUAUUGUUGGCCUCCUUGGUAAACGCCGCGGCUGUCGACAACCUUGCUCCCCGUGAUGCAACAAAUGCUCCAACCGUACAGUUGCAAAACGGAUCGUACUAUGGCCGCUUCAACCCAACUUAUAAUCAGGAUGAGUUCCUCGGUAUGCCCUAUGCUCAGCCACCCGUAGGAGACCUCCGAUUCCGAGUACCCCAACCGCUGGACGAGUCCUGGUCUGAACCGAAGGAUGCAACAGAGUAUGGAUAUCAGUGUAUUGGCUACGGUGGUGACACCUGGGUGUUAGGAAACUACAUUUCAGAAGACUGCUUGACUGUCAACGUCGUGCGUCCUCAUGGGCUUGCUCCUGAUGCCAAGCUGCCGGUAGCUUUCUGGAUUCAUGGUGGUGGUCUCACCAUGGGAGGGGGCUCCGACCCGCGGUAUAACAUGUCUUUCAUCGUCCAGCGAUCUGUGGAGAUGGGUUCCCCCAUAGUUGCUGUCUCCAUAAACUACAGGCUUCAUUCCUGGGGUUUCCUAUGGGGCUCAGAGAUGCAGGCAGAAGGUGCUGGGAAUCUCGCGUUCCGCGAUCAACGACUCGCGCUCGAGUGGAACAGUCAAAACAUUGCGAGCUUCGGUGGAGAUCCUGCAAGGGUGACCAUCUGGGGAGAGUCCGCUGGUGCUCGAUCUGUGGCGUCCCAACUGUUAGCGUACGACGGUCGCGAUGACGGGCUCUUCCAGGGAGCAAUCCAGGAAAGUGGUACAGGUCUGACCAGUACAUUCACUGAUAUUCCAGCCGAAGGCGAUCCGUGGCAGGAAUACUAUGACGAUAUCGUUGAGCAAACGAAUUGCACGUCCGCCAGUGAUACGCUGCAGUGUCUACGAGAAGUCGAUGUCUGGACACUGAGCGAUAUUUUCAAUACCAGCACGAACCCAGGGUUUGGUCGAUACGCCGACGGCGAGUUUUUGACUGCUCCGCGAGACCAAUUGGUCCGAGAAGGAAAGUUUGUCAAAGUACCUCUUCUCAUCGGCACCAAUUUCGACGAAGGUACGUCUCAAGGUCAAGCUGGCAUUAACACCACGGAGCAGUGGGAGUCCUACCUGACGGACCAAGGCGCCAACAACGAGACUGUUGCAGUCCUAUCAGCAUUGUAUCCUGAUGUGCCCAGCCUCGGCAUUCCAGCAAUCCUAGACGGCCGUCCUAGCGGCAGCCUGGCCAGGUAUGGUGCAAUGUGGAAGCGAGUUGCAGCAUUCGCUGGCGACCUAAACCAGCAGGCUGGGCGAAGAUGGUUCAGCCGUCACUGGGCUCUGGCAGAUGUCCCAGUCUACAGCUACCAUUUCAAUGUCCUUGUGAACGGCCUUGGUCCUGCGAUAGGCAGCACGCACUUCCAAGAAGUCGCCUUCGUCUUCGACAACACUCAGGGAAAGGGCUACGAUACGGUCGUGGCUGUCAACCCUUUCGCCAACAAGCCUGAGUCGUACGCUCAACUGGCGAAAUUGAUGUCUAGCCACUGGAUCAACUUCUUCAACAAUCAGGAUCCAAAUUCCGAGGAUGACCCUGCCAACAUCGUCUUCGACGCGAAUAAGACCGAACUUGCGUAUACUGAAGUCGAUGAUUACAGAGUCGAACAGAUCGAUUAUCUCAUUGAGAAGCUGUUCGGUGAUGCAACACUGUCGGACAUCGAGUCAUGA